GAGGAUUAUGUGCCUCAAGGUAGGUGCUUAGUGAGUACUAGAAAUGCACACAAAAUGCUCAUUGUUAAUAAAAACACUAAUUAUUAUUACUAGCACUUUUCUCCCCGGUAAUAUAUGAGAUGUUUCGUCAUAAAUUCUGAUUUUAAUGAUUCAUAUUGCAAUGCACCCAUAUUGAAGAUACGUAGGAGAAUGAGCCAAAGUUUUGCUCAUAAGUUCGAUUCAAACUUCAUAAUACAGAAUCAGAUUAAUACUUACGUAUAAUUCAAUUUACCCAACAAUAAGUCAUUUUAAAUAAUUAUUUCAGAGGGAAUAUUUUUUAGGAGGUACAUACAAGACAGUAUCAACUAGGUACGUUACGUACUACGUAGAUAUUCAAUGAGGAUGAAAUUAAUAUUAAUGAGAGUUCAUUUUUUGGAAAAUUUCGUUAUGAGAUGAGAGAAAGGGGAUUGUAUAUGAGACUGUUUCUACAUAUAUGUAUAGUAAAUAUGUGAUUAAUACGGGAAGCUUCAAACUGAUGGAUGGACAAACGAACGCUAUGCGGCGAAAUCCAUACAGGUUGGCCAAAUAAGACGUUGCCAUUAAUGAUACUUUGAAAUCAGCUAUUUUGAUACAAAAUUAACCAAAAAGCUGCACUAAAAAUUAUGAUUUCAAAAACUUUCCAGCAGACGAAGCAGUUCAUUUGUUAGUAAACACUAUCAAGCGAUACAUAUCUGGAAAAUACAUGCCAUCGAAUGGCAAUAGUUUCAUAACAAUGUAUAAAUACGAAAAAAUAUUCCUAAAACGGAUAUAAAAUAGCUAAUCUGAGAGAGAAUUUCAAAAGAAGGUAAUGAAAUUCAAAGAGCAGGGCUAUUACACAUGUCGAGCAUUUCACGUCAACUGUAUGUUUUCAAUAAUCAUCUAGCCAUAAUUAGUCAACGAAAAAUAAAAAUCAAAUUCAGUUCGAUUUGUUAAAACAUGAAACGGUUUAAAUUUGACUCAUCAGACAUCUAGAAGUUCUGUGUGUUACAAACAAAUACACGUACACGACAAUUACCACAAGCAUCAUUUUUGUAUAAUUGAAGAGUGACUAGAAUAUUAAAUGAAUCAGCUACUUAAACGUGAAGAUUUAGUUGAGUGAAGCAGACUAGUCUGAUUUAAUCAGAAUAAAUUCAAGUUGUUUCUUAGACAGUUAUACUCAUGGCGUCGCAAAUUGGCAUAAGUAUUCUUCUAUAACAAAGUUAUACAGAAAUGAAUAAAAAAAGCUCUGUAUAGCCUACCCAUACCUACCUACACAGUACACACAGCAGGUAGUCCAUUCAUUUGAUAAAAAAGGAACCAAGAACACUUUGGAGUAUAACAUGGUAGCGAGCACGUGGUUUAAAAAAAAACAUGCCCUGCCACCAUGAUACAUUUCAAGUAUCCUCGGUUCCUUUCUGUUUCUACAAACAGGUAGUCACAAAGACGUACACACAGAGCCUAGAUCGGUUUCUAAUGCUGAGUUGUUUCAAUGGAAACAUUACAGAAUCACCCUAUAUGUAGUAUUUAUAAUGUUAUGUAGUACGGUAUGUACAAUGAAUAUAUAAAGAACGCAGACUUCACUAUACAACAAAACCCAGUACAACCUAUGUCAUCGAUACUGACUACUGAGCCAAUUAUUUACUAAAUGCUAGUUCAUUAUUCAGCAAUACCGAUAAAUAUCGCAAAUAAUUCAAUCAUCAGCGAAUAACUCGUGCUCUAAAUUGCUAUUACUAAUAACUCGAAUCGUGCGAUAAUAUACGCAAAUGAGCAAUAAGUAUAUAAACGUUCUCGCAUUUUUCACAGUCCGUCGUUGUGGUUAACUUCGCCUCCAUCUUGUAUUUUUCCACUGAGGGAAAUCUCGUCAGAAUUUCGCUGAAUGAAUCAAUAACUAUGAAAAAUUGCAAUUAUUUUGUACAAUAUUUCUAUGCUAAAAAAUUGCAGGGUAGGUAUUUAUGUCAACACAUUACACGUGCUCAUUCAACGAUUAUAUUGUGUAUUUACGAUAUCCCAUUCAGUGAUUUCUCAGGUACUCACAAUUAGUCACCCAUGAGGCUCAUGACAUACGUAAAAGUAGGUAGGUAAAGGUGUAGCAGGGCACUACUCAAUAAAUACGCCCCAUUGAGGCAUUCGCAUUCUCAGCUUCAUACUAUUGCACCGCAACACGCGGAGAUUCUCGAUAAUAAUUAACAAUUCAACGUGAUACUUUUCGUCGUUGAAACAUCUACAUGCUGAUUAAUCUCGUAAUUACAGAAAAAAUUUCCCUCGUUAAUUCUCAUUGUUGAAUAAAAUAAAAGCGACGACAAAGGUUUCUCCUUUUGUAUGCUAUAGGUAAGGUACUUAGUAAUUUUCCAGCUGAAAAAUUGUCGUCUAAAAACUUAGCCAAAGUGAAUGUUUCGGUUUUUUUUCUUUUUUUAACGACAAAACUUUCGUAUUUUAAUUCGAAAGUUUUUUUUUGCAGUCAUCGUUGAAUAAGUAAAUAAUUUAUCAAGAGCCAAAAGAGCGGAAAUUAAUACGGAAAGAUUUUUUUCGUUUUUCAAUUAAAACAAAAAAUCUACUAUGUACUCGGAAAAAAACAAUUACAAAACUGUUUCACCACUCCAGGGUUUCGAUGGAAACUGAAAACAAAAAUGUUCAUUAAAUUUAUAAAUCAUUUAAAUAAACCAUUUUUUUUGUUGUGUUUCGAAAGAAAAUCAAAUUAUGUUUGAUUAUGCGAAUGAAUGGGUGACUAUAAUCGUGUCCAAGCAGCAUAGUAACAUUUUUUUUUUAGUUCAAAAUAUGAUUAAGUGAGAGGGAGGAGAGGUCCUUCACCAAAAAUCGACUCCUUAAUUAAAUUCCAUCGAAAUUAGACGUAUAAUGAAAAAAUUCGAUUUUAUAAUGUGAUACAUCAACAUUAAUCAAAACAUGAAGAUGUGGGCUGCAUAUAAAAUAUCAAACUCGCACUAAUCUUUCGAAAAAAUGAAAAAUAAAAUCUCGAGUUCUCGACUUCGAUGGCCAUGGAAGAAACGAAUAACAUCCCUGUCAAAUUUACGUCGUAGUCGAACUUUAAAGGUCGUCGCACAUGACCGUUUUUUAGCAAUUCCCUCCAUGCAGUCCGAUGAAAAGGGUACAGACGGUGAUGGAGAGAGAAAGAUUCCGCAUCUGUUCUCACACCUCUUUAUAGCUUGGCUUGCCUUCGAAAUAUUUGGCAUAGCGGCGAAUAUACGUAUUACGUAAAUACAAUUCAAACUAUCAAACUGUACAAAACACAUCACGUUUUAAUCAUACUUAUCAAGCAUCGGAAAAUUAACGCAGAGCAGACGUCAUCAGUGCAUCGUUCAUUGGCCGAGUUCAAAUACUGGUAAUUCGGUAUUUUUGUUGCUCCAUUAUUGCGGAAAUAUAAAUCGUAGGUAGUACGUAUUUGUAGUGAAAUAACGUCAGAAUACUCGUGAACCGGCGAUGCGCCGUACCUAUAGGUAAUUCGAAGAGAUGGGAUAACUGAUGAGAUCGAAUCGAACUCGAUUUAAUUCAUAAACACCUCUACAUUGUUGCCGUACCGCUGACGCUCGAUUCGAGCCGGUACUGAUGCUGAAUUCUGAAGUGAAGCUGAACUUGAAUCUGGGAUGAGACGAAUUUGCGCCAUCGAUAUGCCGGCUUUCGCGUCAUCUUCUACGAUACACAUUCUCCAACGUGGGUUUAGUUUAGGUACCUACCUAUAUGAAGUUAUGUACUAUACAUAUAAAGUACCUAUGUAUAACAUAUCGGCUUCGGCGGCGCUUUCAUCAUUUUCAACACAAGCACAAUAUAGGGAUACGGGAUAGGAAUAGGAAGCUAAGCUACCCGUCACCGAUGCCGCAUUCUCCCAUGUAUCGUAUCGAUCUUUACCCACGUUAUCGCCAACAGUGUUGCUUCUAUUGAAGAUGUAAAAGGUUCAAAAAUCUCGACUUUCUCGAUUCGCUCAGUAUCUAUGGUCGCUCAAAUCGACCUCAAUCACCGCUUCGCAAGUUGGCAAGUUGGGCGUUCCUUCUAACGCUGUAAUCGAUACCAUUCUUCGCAGUGGUUGGAAUGAAUCGAACUCUCGAUUCGCAGCGAAAUAAGAAAUAAUUAAACUUCAUGCGAUUCCAUACGCCAUACUCCAAGUUUACGUAUGUAAAAGUACGUAAGAAUACACAGUACGUAGUACGUUUCCACGAACAGAAGUAUUCCACCGCUGUUCAGCUGUUGUUGUAUCACUAUUCUCGCAGUAGGUAGAGGUACGAUUCCACUCCACGAUUCAACGUUACGACUCGAAUCGUCAUCCUGACGUAAAUAAUUACACGCAGGUCUAGGUGCUCGUCCUAUUUACGCAAUUACGACACCUCCAUCCAUUCCAUCCGACAUCCGUCAAUCUGAUCCCGGUCGCGUCGCACGAUGAUUUCCACUCUUGAUAGUAGGUUGAUUUGAAGCACAUUACUCUGUAGCGAUCAUUACAUUGGCAACACUGCGUAUAGAGAAAACAACCGCCGUUGUUGUCGCCGCGCCUCCUCGAGGAAAAUGCAGCAGCAAAAUAGCCCACGAGAGCGCAAAACCUAACUUCGCCACACGCCAUACUAACGACUGCGCGUCACCGUGUAAACAAUGUAAAAACGCUGAAAAAAAUACAUAUGUACAUUUAAUUUCGCUCGUUCGCUCUCUCCACUGCAUUUCUUUCUCCAUCCAUCCAACCAUCCAUCUACUUAUUCAUUUCUCUAUCUACAUUACUCAAUGCAAACUGUUCUCCUUACGAAAUUAUCUCAAUAAAAUCGCCGCAAUCGGCCGGUACGUGCGUGUUUUUACUUUUUUCGAAACGACGUCUCACUGAUGACGAAAACGACGGGAAACGUUAAUUGAAAAUGUGUUCGUUACGAAGAUAAAGUCGAAUGUUAUAAAUAGUUCCGAAUCAGUUCGUUACGUAACGUCGAAGUCGAAAAUUCGGUGCUUCAUUCAAGUUUUUUUUUCAGAGAUUCGAAAAAAUUCCAACGAUAGCGGUCGUGUUUACGGUUUUUCAUACACGAAUGACGAAUCGGAAUCGUAAUAAAAUAACCGCCGCCGCCGUAUCUUCGGUUUUCUCAUAAGGAGAUAACAGGUUCGCCGCUUGGCUGUUAGCGUGUCGCAUUUUCAGUACAUAAGCGUACUCGACGCUCGAUCAGAAUCAUUCCAUCGCCACCUUCGUUCAUCGUACGUUCUACUUACCCACGCGACGGUGGGUACUUCGCGCCGCAUUUCCUCGCAACGAAGGAAACAAAUGAAAAAAUAUAAUGUCAAAACCAAUUUACCAUCGACUCGUUACAAAAUCCGACCAUUAGGUGAAAGAAAAUCUCAACGGUGAUAGGCGGUCGUUACGCGGGAUCCAACAUGAACACCAUAAAUUUAAAAAUUUCGUCAACUAGUCGAAUAGUAAUAUUCAUGCUGAUGAUGCUGUAUCAUCAGCUAGCCAUAGGCAGUGGCACGUUUAGUUCAGGAGUCAAACAACAGGACGAUGACAGCCAUCCUGUUUCCGGUUGUAAAUACACGUAUCCUAUAUACAAAACAGCUACGUCGAAAAUCGAUUUGAUCUCGUGUCGUAACAUGGCCGCCAACGAUGUACCAAUGUACAAAAACGUCACCAAAAUGGAGCUAAUCAAGAUACCGUUAAGCGUGCUGAAUCAUACUGAAAUACCCAAAGCUAUACAAUCGGACGAGGUCGAUUUACGUCAACUGUACUGGACCAAAAGUCACAUCAAAAUCAUCCAAAGCGUAACCAUACCGUCCUUAAAUGAACUAGAUCUGAGCGGCAACACAAUUCAAGAAAUUCGCGAAGAAUCUUUCGAACCUAUGAUAGCGCUAUACAAGCUCAACAUUUCACAUAACUCGAUCGAAAAACUGCCCGAAAAAUUAUUCGCUCGAACCUUCCCGUUGAGAAUAUUCUCGUUGAGCCACAACCGUCUGAAAAUCCUACCGGGUGACAUAUUCGAUAAUCUGUAUCAUCUGGAAAUUCUGGACUUAUCCAACAACGAGCUGAACUAUCUUCGCGAAGAUACUUUCUUCAAUAAUGUCAGAUUGACCCAUUUAGAUUUGAGCAACAACAAACUUAACAGCUUGCCGGAGAAAAUUUUCCAUCCGCUGGCCUCCUUACAACAUUUGUCGUUGCAGAAUAACGUACUAAUUCAUCUGGAAUCGCAAACUUUCUCCAAGCUGUAUUCGCUGAUGAUACUGGACGUCGGUAAAAAUCCUUUGUGGACCUUGCCCAACACGCUUCUGCCAACUAACAACACACUAUUCAUAUUAACCAUCUCGCAUACAAAACUGGUCAAAAUUCCUCCGUCCGUGUUCCAAAAUCUACGCAAUCUUCGUAAAUUGUAUUUAUCGGAAAAUCGUAACCUUCAAAAUUUACCCAACGACACGUUCGACAAUUCGGCAAAUCUCAAGAUAAUCGAUUUUCAAAACAACAACUUCACGCAGCUACCUCACACCGUAGUCAAUCUCGUUCCGGACGAGUUACUUUUGGAAGGAAAUCCUUGGCCUUGCGACUGCACCGUACAAUGGAUCAUAAGUUGGAUCAAAAGCUUAGCAGAAGCCAGCAACAACGUUCGUCUGUCAUCUUACUGUAAUUCAACCGAUAAAGAUCUCAUCGAAACUGUAUCAAGAAUGCAAUGUAAACCGACCAUCUUACGAAUUUCACCGAUCACCUAUCAACAACUCGAAGUUAAGGUGCAACUCGUCUGUCGAGCGUACGCUAAUCCUCGACCGCUCAUCAGCUGGGUCACACCGAACGGAUUAGCUUUCAUUAAAUCCGAAAGCGCCGUUGAUCUGUUACAAUAUCAUCCCACUUUCGAAAAGUAUCCACAUUUAACAAACGAAGAAAACAUCUUUCUUCAUGAAAACGGAGAUUUCGAUAUUAAAACCAUGACAAGAAGCGACGCAGGCGAAUAUUUAUGCAUAGCAACCAACAAAGUCGGCGAAGCUUUUGCCCAAACUAGGCUGUACGUCGAUCCCAGCAUCAUGCAAAGGAUCAAAACUGGAAGUCUGAUUUGCGGUCUUCUAUGGAUCAAUGGAUUUCUUCUCUUUUCCGUCGUCUAUAUACUGAUUCGCAAAUGCACCAAAAGGGCAAAAGAAGAGAAAAAGAAACGAAGAAUGCACGAAAACAUGGACGUAUACAAAUCGCAACAAAUUAGUAAACUACGAGAGCGAUGUAAAAAUCAAAUGAAUCGGAUAAAAAAUAACUGUUCUAUUCAAGUAGAAUGGAUGAAAGAAAAUUAUAUGGAAUUCGUGAAAAACGCUCCUCAAGAUCAGCAUAGCUCUCAUUUAGCAGCACAAUAUAACCAACAGAUGAGUGAAAUACGCGAAUACUAUUUGAUUCAAAUGCACAAAAUUCGGGAGCAUUACGAACAACAACGUAGCCUGAUUUUGGAAUUUAGUAUCAACGAAAAUGUAAGCCAAGACGCGAAAAUGAAACCUUGCCGAACGACAGCCAGCGGCGACAUGUUAGUCAAAAUGGAAAACGGCAAUAUUUCUUCAGCUAGUAUCAUAGCUCCAGAAGAAGACAUAUACAAAUACAACGACGCCAUGAAGAAUGAAAUUAAAAAGCUCACGUCGUUACGCAAUCUGCACGAGGUAUUUUUGGACGGCGACAAAGUGAAAACCAUGAAAUGCGAGUAUCCCGAACACACGGAUCAUUUCGAUUUCGUACCUAAAAUACUGAAAGAUGAAUUACGCAAAACCGAUCACGAAAAUGGGAAGCUGAAAAUGUCUCCGAGUCCGGAUUGCGGUGAAGACGAUGAAGACGAAAACACCACCAUGUUACCGGCUAGGUUUCCUGAUCAUGAAUAAUGUCAACUACAUAGGUAAUUACAUUAUGUUUUCAAAGGUACUUUCUCUGGUAAUUUGACUGAUCGAUCACACAGUUUAAAGUGUUGUUGUUAUUUUGUAAAGUAUUUUCUCAAAAACGAGUAGACUGAUUUAUAUUGUCAUUAAGUUAUAUCUAAGUUAGUAGCCAGAGUACGCAUUUAUUUUCUCAUUUCCAUUUCGUUAUUUUCAGUUACAUACAAUGAUUAUAAGUUAUUUGAGAAGGAAUUAUUCCAUACUUCCAAAAUGGCUUCCUAUAAUUUGUUUUUUUUUAAAAAUUAUUUAUUGCCAUGUUUCCUUAAUCUCUUGCCUUUCGAUUUUUGUUUUCAAUUAAUCAACAAAAUUAUCGCUUUAACGUAUUACGUCUAUCUUUACGUUCAAUUUUUUAAUUUUGAAGCCAAAGAUUCACAAGAAAGUUAAAACUAUGCGAGUUGCGUAUCAAAGUCAAUUUUCAGCAAUUUCGAGUAAUCCUCGAUUAUGCGGUUUUUUUUUAAAUACUAAGGUAUUUAUUCUUGCGUUAUUGUCAUUGUAAAUUUUACUACUUAAAAUAAUAUUUUUAAAUUGUUUAUACGCUAAUCGAACUAGUCAUUUUUACAUACCAAUAUUCUUAUAUAUUUAUACGUUUUAUUUUUUCAAUGUGUUUUUAUUUAUUUUAAUUUUUUUCAAAUGUUUUUUCUUGAUUUUAUUAUACCUAAGUGCGAUUUUUUCCAAGCGUGUGAAGCUCUCAUGAUUUUUUAUUUCAUUAUGAUUUUUAAAAACUUUCCUCAUUUUUGUACUUAAACGAAAUGUAAAAGAAACAUAUAUCAUUCCAAUACUUAUUGAAGUAAGAUAAUUUUCAUGAACAUUCCUCAUAAACCAUACCUAUCUUUUUAGUAACAUAAUCAUAGGUUACAAUAUUGAUCUCAAUAUAACUCCUGGCGAUCGGGAGAUAUUACAACCAAAGGACAUUAAUAUAAUAAACAUUAUUACGUAGAUCUGAUUACAUUACUGCAACUAUUUGAUCUGAUUUAUACGGACAACUACUUGAUAUUUAUUUAUAUUUUUUUGAUUUUUGAAAAAUAUUGUAAUUGCAUUCGUAAAAAAAUACAGCGAAUAAAUAAUAAAGAUUUAAUGCCAAAA